GCGAGCGGCGGGAGCGAGCGGCCCGACACGAGCGGAACGAUGAGAGCGAUCAUCCAGAGGGUCACCAAGGCGACCGUGACAGUGGGAGAAGAGGAGAUCAGUUCCAUAGGACGAGGACUGUGUGUGCUGCUGGGAGUGUCGGUGGAGGACACCCAGAAGGAUGUGGACUACAUAGUACGAAAGAUCCUGAACCUGCGGCUGUUUGAGGACGAGAGCGGCCGGGCCUGGACCAAGAGUGUGAUGGACCGGGACUUUGAGGUGCUGUGUGUGAGCCAGUUCACUCUGCAGUGUGUUCUGAAAGGCAACAAGCCAGACUUCCACUCCGCCAUGCCCGCAGAGCUGGCCCAGCCCUUCUACAGCAGCAUCCUGGAGAACAUGAGGAGCAGCUACAAGCCGGAGCUCAUUAAGGACGGGAAGUUUGGAGCCUACAUGCAGGUCCACAUUCAAAACGACGGACCUGUUACUGUUGAAUUGACGUCACCUACCGGACCCUCAGACCCCAGACAGCUGUCAAAGCAGGAGAAGCAGCAGCAGAGGAAAGAGAAGACGCGCUCCAAGGGCCCCUCGGAGUCCAGCAGGGAGAAAGGAGCCGGACGCUCCCGACGGGACCCCAACGCCAGUAGUGGGGCCGACGGGGACGUGUCAUCAGAGAGGGAGCCCUAGGUGAGCAGGAUCGCAAACCGUGGACGGAGCCGUGAGCCCAGGCUCCUCUGGAAGGCCUCCACCCUCAGGGACUGACUCCUGAUCCUGGACCGUCCUCCUUCCUCUGGGACUCAGCAGGAUCCUCUUGUCCUGGUGUCUCUCUCCAUCCUUCUCCUUCAGAUUCUCACUCUCUGUCUCACUCUCUGUCUCUCUCUCUGUCUCUCUCUCUGCUCAGAGACAUGGGACUGACCUUGGAGCAUAACUCAGCUCUCCUUUGCUUAUAGUGAACAUGAGGAUGGUGAUAUCAGUAUCACAACGUCAGUAACAGCCUGCUAUUCACUGAUACAGUACAUGUGUAAAGUCUGUCAUUAACGGUUAUUGUACCUGUAUGAAAACACCAUGUUUUGAGGUCCAACUGCUACAGAACACAGGUGCUCCAUAAAAGACAUGUAUAUUCUAUAAAUAGACAGCACGCAACACAACACAGGUUAUCAGACUUUGAACAACAACCCACAUCAGCUCUGUAGCUAAUGCUUCCUACAAUAUUGGCAUUAUAUUUAUAAAAUCACUUGCACAUGAUCUUUAGGUGCAGAAACUGACUGAUUUCAGUUGGACCUCAAAAUCAAAGAUUGAUCUGAAUGUCUCUUAUAUAUGAUGAAAACCUCACUUUUCCAGUUCUUGUGCACAAACAUUAGUGUAUCUGGUGACAAACUGAAAGAAGACAGACCAGUCAGUUUGUUGUGGGCCGCCUGCAUCAGAAAUGCAAAGUCAAUGCAAAACACAUGUAAAGACGUUCUAGAAGAAACACCAAACACAAGUAUGAACCUGAAAUGAGUGUGAUACGUGUCCUUUAAAGAGUUCCUUGUUGCCCCACCCAGACUCUGUGAUGGGGGUCAGAGGUGCUUCACCAUCUCUGAACAUUAGCAGCAUGUGGGUGGGCCUCACAAAAUCAAAUUCCUGUUUUGUCCUGCUGUUAUUGGACAGAUCUGAAUGUUUCAGCUUUAUAAAGAUGUCUGUGAUCCGUGCUGUGCUUUCUUUAUUCCACUCUGCUUCGUGUGAUGUAAGAGCAGAGAUGUUUGUCCUUGUUCCUCCUUUCAGCAUCACCACCUGGCCGUCCAUUCUGUCCCAACUUUUGUUUUUAGUUCAGUGAGCUAUUCCUGGCCGACCAUGCCGUAUCCCUGCACCCUUUUCCUCCGUCCCUCCACUGGGGCUGAGCGGAGGUCUCUCCAUGUUGUGAGGGAGCAGCAGGAGGCGGAGAGGAGCUACUGCAUGGUGGACCUGGGAGCUCACGGAGAGGGAAGAUAUGACCCAAAUAUGUCUGCUACCUGCUAGCCUUAGUGCUGCUUCAAAGUGGGCUAGAGCUGCAGCUCUGCAGAGACUGCAUUGUGAUCCCAACGUCAGACCGGCUUCACAUACAGAGGAGGAGGUGGACUACUGAUGUACUGUACCAAACCUCAGAGGUCAGGACAGGGAGUGUGAGCAGAGCAGAUGUUCCACGUUGGUCUGUGCAGUCACCUGUGUUUGUAUGACUGCGUGGACGCUCAGACAUGGAAAGUGGGUUAAAUUCCAGACAUUCUCUCUUCCCUCUGAAGCCACACUGUUUCUGGUUUGUCUCCUCUCCGACUUAUCUUACAUCGUGUGCGUGUGUGAGAGUCCUUUGCCAAGCCCACUGGCUAUGGAAAAACAAUUUAACUGGAUUUAAUUUGUUGCACCCCCACCCCCUCCUCCUUCCUCUUCCCUCCUCCCCCUACUUAGUUUGCCUCUGAGAGGUUGGGAAUUCAUCUUGUUUGGUAACUCCAUGCCCAGUCUGAGCUCACUUUGCAACUUGGACAGGCCAUGUUUCAUGGCAGCAUUAAGAUCACCAGCCACACAGAGGGGGGGGGCGGGGUAUCCCUAGAGUCUGCCAUAAGUGAUGCUCAUAGUGAGUUUAUCUUAUUUAGAAACAAAUUGUAUUUGGAUUAUUGGAUUAUGCAUGUUAAAAUAAGUGUUCUCUCCUGCGUUGCCUCCCUCUUCUCGUCUUUUAUUGUAUAGCUUCGUGCUCUGAAGGGUUAAAACACACACAAAGAAACCAUGUUGCCUAGAGCCCUGACCACUUUUUCCAUUCUUGCUGGAAAGUUUCCAGUGCUAUUUAUAUGAAACCUCAGGCCCGACAAUCAACAAACCCAUUUGGCCUGUAUAAGGUUUGAUCCAUUAUCAUAGAGUUCUGUUUCCCUAUCACAGAUGGCAGACGCACCGUGAAAUCCCAACAUCACAAGUGAAAUAAUCAUACAUCCUCACUGCUGGUGUGUUGAUACUACAUUUAUUCUGUCCUGAGACUUCUUAUUUCAGAAACAAAGUCUGAAGAGAAACAGAAACAGUGGUUCACUGACUUUUGGCUGAGACGCUUCCUUAUUGUAGAAUGAUAACAUUAUUAUUGGUGCGGGAGGCAUCACUGCACUCCUAUGUGGGUCCAUAGAACUAGUAGGGUUACUAGACAGCAGAUAGAGC